CCAAAUCAUGGUAAUUAAAUUAUGUGAUUUCUAGCCAACAUCAACACCUAUUUAUUGUGUUUUGGAUAUUAAAAAAAAAAAAAAACCCUAUUUUUUCUUAAGCCACCUGCUCAAUCUCAAAAUCUACGAGAGAGUUUAUCGACGGCCGAAGAUAUCACCGGAAUUUCGCUACUUACACCGACGAAGCGAAAAAAAUUCACCAAAAUCUCACUAACUUUUCUUUUCGAUUAUUAAGAGAAUAAGGGGUGUGCUGUUCCGAGCAAAUAAUCCUUCCAAGUUAUCUUAUUCGAUUAGAGAAGUUGAUAUCUUUUGUCAUUCUAUUCUGAAUAUGGCAGAUUCUGGUGAAUCUCAACAGCCUGAACCAGUGUGUAAUUUUUUCAGAAAGCCUCUGAAGAACAAGAACAUUAGAAAGAGAAUAAUUGAGGAAGAUGAAGAUGAGGAUUCAAAAAAUGAAAGCUCUUUGCUGCACAAUCAGAAAAAAGCCCCAAAACCCGACAAUAAGUUGUUCUUUUCCUCUGGACCUUCCAAAAGUUCAAUGUCCACUGAAUCAGAUGUUGAAUCUGAUAGAAAAAUCUUUCAGUUUGAGUCUUCAAAGGAAAUUCAAGUUCAACAUGAUAGUAGAGCAACAGCAACUCUAGAAACUGAAACUGAGUUCUCAAAAGAUGCUCGGGCCAUUCGUGAGAGAGCUCUUAAGCAUGCAGAGGAGGCUCUGAAAGGUAAAAAUCCAAGCUCUGGUAACGAAAAGCUGUAUAAAGGAAUUCAUGGGUAUACUGAUCAUAAAGCUGGGUUUCGAAGAGAGCAAACAAUUUCAAGUGAAAAAGCGGGUGGAGUUCAUGGGCCUCUUAGGGCCUCUGCUCAUAUUAGGGUGUCAGCAAGAUUUGAUUAUCAGCCGGACAUUUGCAAGGAUUACAAAGAAACCGGUUACUGUGGGUAUGGAGAUGCAUGUAAAUUCAUGCAUGAUCGAGGGGAUUACAAGCCUGGUUGGCAGCUGGAGAAGGAGUGGGAAGAGGCAGAGAAGAUAAGGAAGAGAAAUUUGGCUUUGGGAGAGGAUGAGGGUGGUGUAGAACAGAGUGAUGAAGAAGAAGAUGAUGAUGAUGAUUCAUUGCCAUUUGCAUGUUUCAUUUGUCGGCAGCCUUUUGUGGAUCCUGUUGUGACUAAAUGCAAGCACUACUUCUGUGAGCAUUGUGCUUUGAAGCACCAUGCAAAGAACAAGAAAUGUUUUGUGUGCAACCAACCUACGCUUGGCAUUUUCAACACAGCUCAUGAAAUACGCAAAAAGAUGGCUGCAGAGGGUAAAUGAUACAUUUUCUGAUCCGAAGUCACUGAGGCAUGAACUUUUUUUUUUUUGAGAAAAACGAACACGUUUUAAUGUAUUUUGAAGUAAUUCUAUUGUCAUAGGUUAAUGUUGAAGGGGAAGUUUAUUUUUCAGUGGUGCUUUAAUGUUGCUCUACUAUUUAUGUUAACAAAUGUAAUCUUUUAGUACCUGUAACUCUUUCUUACAACAUAGCUUAUGAAUUACGCAAAAAUCCUUAUUUAAAUUA